ACAGGACACUGUUGACCUGCACAACUCCAACACGAGAGACUCGGAUUCCUGAUGUGUUUCGGGUUUAUUGUCAUCGACAAAGCCAAAAGAAAAAGAGAAAUCCGAAAGCCAGUCCAGUUCCUUGCCUCCGGUGAUGCAGGCUCGUUUUCGCUGGCUGGCUGAAGAUCGCAAGAACGUUGACACGAGGCUUGACAGUGCAUUGAACAUGAAAGGAUUUGAGAACUUCAAGUGCUUCAUACUUCUCUACACAACAUGUGUUCCUAUGCUAGCAUCAUCGGCAAUGGCACAGAUAUCUCUGAAAACUGAACAAGACAAAAACAUGCAGAUGGCCCUGGCGUUGGUCUUCCAAGCGGUGGACAACUGGGUAGAUGCUUACGGCGGUUCCGAACCAGAAUUGGUGCUUGGACACUUCAAGCAGCUGGUCGACGAGUCUUUGGAACAGCACGAAGCACUCGCACACAUUGAGCUUGAAGAUGAUGAUGACGAAGGUGACGUGGGAAGGUCGCACGGAUUUGGCAAAAAGUUGAAGAAGUGGAGGAAGAAAUUGGAGAAGAGUAUAGGUGGCGCAGCAGAAGCCGCCGUCAGCAGCAAGAUCAUCGGUGCAAUUACAGCGGCUAUCUAGUGCAGAGUUAGUUUACGACGAGUUUCUUCGAAAAUCUUUCGAUAGUUCACAUCGAUACAUUUCGUGAAAGACGACGUAACAAUUGAUCUCCUCUUGUCAGAUUCAGAAGCUGUUUAUGCUAUUCAGGAGAAUAAAUGUUGAAUAAGAAGAAUAUAAUUCCGUUACGCAAAAGUGCGCCAUGAACUUGAAUAUUUUUUGACGUUUACAUUCAAGUAUUUCAAGGUGAUGUGACCUGAAUAAAAAAAAGAAAUUUUG